UUGCCACCAUCUACUCCACCAUGUCAUUUUCUGAAGCAGAAGUGCAAAGCGCCCGUGGGGCCUGGGAGAAGAUAUACGUUGAUGCUGAAGACAACGGGACAGCUGUGCUGGUCAGGAUGUUUACAGAGCACCCAGACACCAAGUCCUACUUCACACACUUCACGGGCAUGGACUCUGCUGAAGAGAUGAAACAGUCGGAUCAGGUCAAGGGGCACGGCAAGAAGGUUUUUACUGCCAUCAAUGACAUGGUGCAACACUUGGACAACACUGAAGCUUUUCUGGGGAUACUGAACCCUCUGGGCAAGAAACAUGCCACCCAGCUGAAGAUUGACCCCAAAAACUUUAAGAUUAUCUGUGACAUCAUCUUGCAACUGAUGGAGGAGAAAUUUGGGGGAGACUGCAAAGCGUCCUUUGAGAAGGUGACUAAUGAGAUCUGCACUCACCUGAACAACAUCUACAAAGAAGCUGGCUGGUGA